GACGCCGGGUAUUUUAUUAGAACUGCGUCAUCUGCAGCUUCUCCAAAAACGCUCGCGCGACAUAACCACCAUCGGUACAACAACAGGCGGUGGUAGUAGUUGUAGUAACCAGUACGGCGCGUUUUAGCUCAGGUUGUGUCGGUCAAAUGAGAUUAUUGGUAAGGUAAACUGGAUUCUGACGUAAAAGGAUUAAUCCCGUCAGAGGAGCAUCGCAUGUGCUGCUCGCGCUCGCUCACAGUCAUCAGCAGCAGUCGGUGAUAGAGAACAGCAGCGCGUGCCGCCUCCAGUCAACAAACCCUCCUCUUCUCCUGUGUCUCUCUCUAGACCUGAGCAUGACUUCUCAGAUAUUUUUCUGCGACUGAACAGGACGGACGACCGCCAGGAUCAUGGCUUCGUAUCUGCAGAUUGCAGAUGAUGAGAAGGGCUACGAUCUGGACUUGUUCUGCGUCCCUAGACAUUAUGAAAACGAUUUGGACAAGGUGAUCAUCCCCCAUGGACUCAUCAUGGACAGGACAGAGCGUCUUGCCCGGGACAUAAUCCAAGACAUGGGGGGACACCACAUCGUAGCUCUUUGUGUUCUUAAAGGAGGCUACAAGUUCUUCGCAGACCUCCUGGACUACAUCAAAGCACUUAACCAGAACAGCGAUAAAUCUGUACCCCUGACAGUGGAUUUCAUUAGGGUGAAGAGCUACUGUAAUGACAAGUCGACCAACAACGUCAAAGUCAUAGGAGGAGAUGAGCUGUCCAAUCUCUCAGGCAAGAAUGUUCUGAUUGUUGAGGAUAUUGUAGAGACGGGAAGGACAAUGCAGACGCUGCUUUCCUUGCUGAGUGAAUGUAAUCCCAAGAUGGUUAAAGUUGUGAGCCUUCUGGUGAAGAGGACCCCGAGGAGUUCAGGCUACAGACCAGACUACAUUGGUUUUGAGGUACCAGAUGCCUUUCUGGUGGGUUAUGCGUUGGACUACAAUGAAUACUUCAGAGAUCUCAGUCACAUCUGCAUACUUAAUGAUCAAGCAAAGGAGAAGUACAAGGUGUGAGCAGAUGUUCUGCUACAAAGAUGGUGGCUGAAUCAAAGAAGACUUGUACCACUGUGAUGACCCUCCUUAGCUUUGCUGUGUUUUGAAUCUUAUUUAUUUUUCUACAUAUAAAUCCACAAAAUGUGACUUGUGGGUUGUAAAUAUCUGGAAAAAGAAUACUUAAUUUCCCUUUCUGAUAGUGUGGGAUCAAUCAUAUAUUAUAUAUAAAUAUAUUUUAUUUUUAAGAUUUACUUUAUUUAUUCACUUAUUUAUUUGUAUUUACUGUGCAUCUGAAAAUUGAAGUUUGAUCCUGGAGAUAGAAAUGAAGAAUAUAUGAUUUUUUUGCCUUUUGUCUGGCUCAUCACAUCCUGCUCAUCAGGCUAGUGUCUGCUUUAUGUUUAGUGAGCUAUUAGUCAUAGUUAGGCCUCCAGAGUUUAAACAUGUGUAUGACUUAAAAUGUGGGGAAGUCUUCUCAUUAUGCCAUAAAAAGACUAACAUGGAAUGUACUGUAAUGUAAUGUUUUAUUUAUUAUCCGAUGUUUUCAUCGAAGACCUGUUUACAGCAAUACAAUUCCUA